AAUAGAAAUAUCUGACCGAGAGCAACGACCUUGUAUGCCCAAAUUAAAGCAAAAAAGCAUUUCCAAGAAGAGGAUGUGACAUUUUAUACAAUGCCAUCACUACUUAUCUCAUGUAGUCAACAGUUGAUUAGUGGUCCAAAAACAUAAAAAGAUGAGAUUAUAGAGAAACAAUUUUUUUCUGUAUGAGGAUCUCAUAACUAAUCUCGGGAUCACUAAGAAAGUCCAAUUUCAUAUGUAUCAAUGUAUGCGGCCAUGUGGGAUCGUGUUAGAUAGGAUGAUUUUAUAAACGCAACAAAGCUUUGCAUUUUUGCAAGAUCCAAUUUACAUCAAAGAGGAGAUAAUCAACAAGGAUUCUAUAUAAUCCAAUCUUUUAAUCAAGAUUAUGUGUGGUAUAACCUCAAAAGUUAGAAGAAAAAAUGGCCAAAAUUGUACUCUUAGCUCUAUUAAGAACACUGUUGAUUUUGAUAUUUUUGGUGUGUAUUAUUCUUUGGUUUCUCAAACCCACCAAAAUUAGGACCAAGAAUUGGAAAAAGGUUGAAGAUGGUAUGCAGACAACAAUUUUCAAGUAUAAUGGUGUUGAUUUUGUGGUAUAUACAUUUCCCAUUAUAUUACUAGCUAUGAUUGGAUUGGUAUACAUGUAUAUGCAACCAAUGAGAUCAAUUAAAAGAGGAGUAAGAAGAUAUACAACAGCUUUGUAUAAUCCAAUCAUAGUAAAAACUCCUAUUGGUAUGUUAAAUGGCAUUGAUGUUAUUGCCAUGACUUUUGUUUUAACUCUUUUAGUUUGGACAUUCUAUGUUAGAAUUUCCAAUGACUUUAAGAAGUUAGUACCAGCAAAACACAUGAAACUGAACAUUUGGCAGCUAAAGUUCUUGAGGAUUUCGACUAGGUUUGGUCUGUUGGCAGAAAUUUGUCUUGGAUUUCUCCUUUUCCCUAUCCUUAGAGGGCCGUCGAUAUUUAGGUUGCUUGGUGUACAAUUUGAAGCUUCUGUAAGGUAUCAUAUUUGGCUAGGGACGACGUUGACAUUCUUUGCUAUCCUGCAUGGAGCAGGCACUCUUUUCAUCUGGGGCAUUAAUCAUCAGAUACAAAAUCAGAUAUGGAGUUGGCAGAAAGAAGGCCGAAUAUACUUGGCAGGGGGAAUCGCUCUCAUUACCUUGCUGAUUAUUUGGAUCUCAUCACUUCCCUUAGUAAGGAGGAGGAAGUUUGAUGUAUUCUUCUGUAUGCACCAUCUGUAUGUAGUCUUUCUUUUGUUGUUCUUGUUUCAUGCUGGUGACAAGCAUUUCUUCAUGGUAUUCGCGGGAGUUUUCCUCUUUGCAAUGGACAAAUUGCUUCGAGUUAUCCAAUCAAGUCCAGAAACUCGAAUUCUUUCUGUGAGAAUCUUCCCUAGCAAGAUCAUAGAGCUAACCUUUCCGAAAGACCCAAGACUGAACUACACACCAACCAGUAUAAUAUUUGUAAAGAUACCGAUGAUUUCCAAAUUUCACUGGCACCCAUUUAGCAUUACUUCAAGCUGUACUGUCAACGAUCAGACAAUGUCAGUUAUGAUCAAAUCUGAAGGGUGUUGGACAAAUUCUUUGUACGACAUUUUGUGUCAGGAAGUCGAGUCAAAGAGCCAAACAAAAUGUGUGUCUGUUGCAAUAGAAGGCCCUUAUGGACCGCCUUCAUUUGAUUUUGUCAGAUAUGACAAUCUGCUGUUAAUCGCGGGUGGAAUUGGGAUAACACCCAUGUUAAGCAUACUGCAGGAAUUAGCCUAUGCAAAGGGUGAUCUCAGAAACAGAUGCCCCUCACAAAUACAACUUAUAUAUGUUACUAAGAACUCCCAAGACAUUUCACUUUUGAAUCCAAUUUCUCAUGUUGUCUCAAAUCAAACCUCUGAAUUCUGUCAUCUGAAGCUAAAAGUUUUUGUAACCCAAGAAAAUAAGUCUAAUUCGAGCCUUAAAGACUUUCUGAGUUCAGUCUCUGCAGCGCGGACUAUUUUCUUUGACAUGAAGAACUCGAAUCAUUCAUUUGGAAGAGUACUUAUCAAUCCUCUUUGGAUGGGUGCUAUCACUGGCUUUUCCUCUGCUAUAUAUCUUCUGUCCCUUUGUUUCUUCAACCAGUUUCUGUUUUCACCUAAAAUGAAAUCGUCCAAGCCAAAAAGUCCAUCAUCAGUAGUAGAUCUUUUUCUCUUGUGCUCUUUCCUGAUAGCUGUAGCAUGUAGUGCUGUAAUUGCAAUGGUGUUGAAAUGGAGAAAUUCAAAGACAGAACGCAAGAUGCUAGCAACAACUUGGGACAAUGAAGGUGAGAUGAAAUUAAGCGCGAUGGAAGGAGCAAGUACAAAUACACUGGAGGAACAACACGAAAUCCAUUUUGGAGCUAGGCCUAUCUUCAAAGAUUUACUGCAAAAAAUGGAAAGUGAAUUCAAGGGAUCAAAUGUAGGUGUGGUGGUGUGUGGACCUGAGUCAAUGAAGGAUUCCGUGGCAUCAGCUUGCCAGCAAAAAUGUCGUCAAGCAUUUAAGUUCAAUUCAAAGGAACAGCAGCAACAACAACAGCCUUUCUUUGUUUUCCAUUCUCUCAACUUCAGCCUUUAGGGCCGGGGUGGAGCUAGUUUGUAUGUAUGAGUUCAAGUGAACCCGGGCCGUCUUGUCCUUGUUUUAGUUACAUUAUUUACUUUGAAGUUUGAACUUGCUUAGCAACACUACUAACUACACCAUUUAGAACUAUAAAUAGCCUUUACUACUUGAUUCUCAAUCUCAGCUACUGGUAACUGGCUGAACUGUUGUAUGAAGCUGAUUAGUUUAUUAUAUGUUUACAAUAUGGUUUUAUGAUCC